AUGUCAGAUUCUGGUGAUUCAAACCGCAAAUCUGGACAUUUUGCCUGCUUGAUUCUCGCUCGCGGUGGAAGCAAAGGCAUAAAAUUAAAGAACAUCAAAGCGUUAGCUGGACAACCCCUCAUCGCGUGGGUGCUUCGCGCCGCCAUAGAUUCGGGAGAAUUUGACAGCGUCUGGGUGUCAACAGAUCAUGCUGACAUUGCCAGGAUAUCCAAGGAAUGGGGUGCCCAGGUACACAUGAGAAGCCCCCAUACUGCCCGGGACCAAGCCACCUCCAUCGAGGCUAUGCAAGAGUUUCUCAAGGAACAUCCAGAGGUCAAGUUUGUAGCCAACGUCCAGUGCACAUCUCCUUGCCUACAUCCAUCCCACCUCCAGAGGACCUGUCACAUGAUCAGAAACCUGGGCUACGACUCGGUGUUUGCCGUCAACAGGAGGCACCUCUUCCGAUGGACAGAGACCCCUAUAGACCAAGCUGUGAGUACAAAGGCUGAGAACCUCGACCCUGCUAAGAGGCCACGCAGGCAGGACUGGGCCGGCGAGCUGUAUGAGAAUGGAUCCUUCUACUUUGCAACAAGAGAACUCUUGAUGGCUGGACUCUUCCAGGGUGGAAAAGUUGGCUAUUGUGAGAUGCAGCCUGAGUACAGCGUGGACAUCGAUACCGACAUCGACUGGCCCAUCGCAGAGCAGCGAGUGAUUAAGUUUGGCUACUUUGGCAAGACCAAGCCCCAGGGUGUCAAGCUGGUGGUCUUCGCAGCAGACGGCGUCCUCAUCGACAACCAAAUCAAUUUUACUGCAACAGGAGAAGAGUUCCGUUCUUUUAGCCUGAGCGACUCCAUCGGUAUCAAACAUCUGAGAGAGAAAGGCGUAGAAGUCAGGGUCAUUGCUGAUGAGGAGAACGCUGUCACCACCAAAUUGGCAGCUCGGCUUGGUAUCGCCAUGGCUACAGAAAGCAAGAACAAGGUGGAUCUGCUGAAUGAGUGGAGAAAAGGACUUGAUUUAGAUUGGAGUCAGGUCGCAUAUAUGGGUCAAGAUACUCCGGACCUUGAUUGCAUGAAGACGGUCGGGAUCGGAGGAGCGCCCGUCGACGCCCAGAACGAGAUCACCACCACGGCCAAGUUUGUGGCCAAGAGCAAGGGAGGUAAGGGAGCAGUCCGGGAGUUCUGUGAUCACCUGCUACUGGUGAUGGAGAAGGCCAAAUCUGCAGCGGAAGACAGGAAGAUAUAG